AUGGUAACCAGUGACCAAACCAGCAGCAAGGUCAAAGACGACCUGCACACCUUCCAAGUGCUCGCCAUGCUGGCCGGCUUCACGCUGAUGUGCGCGUGGAUUGCGUGGAAUGUCGUCUCGGUGGUGCGCGCGAGGAACAGCAUCCCGCUCGAGCUGCGGCAGCAGUACAUCGCCAACAAGCUGGCCGAAAUGGAGAUGAUGUACGCGUGUAUGGGGGACGAGGAUGAUUCGGUGAGGAAGGAUGAGGUGGACCCGGAAGGCAUCGACGUCCAGACC